AUGGAACGGGUGGUGGUGAAAAUGCCGAUGACCAACGAUUUUUCCAUUGCUUGCCCCUCUACAACACCCCGAAAGCGGCAGGUACGUUUCUCAGCACGCCAUGACAUCAUCCUUCUGCGAGAGGUUAUUGCCCAGAACCCCUUUGCCUCCAAAGAACCAGGACGAAUCUGGGCCCGUGUAGGGGAGAUUAUCACUGCCGCCCUCCAGGAGGAAAGCUUUGAAGUGGAUGCCAGGAGAUGUAGGGAGAGGACCAUGCUGCUGCUGGACUAUUACAAGAAACAAGACUUUCCCAGUCUCCGCAGGUUUGGAACGGAGCGAUUGUAUGCCCAAAAGGAGGACCUUCUUCUUGAGGUUUUGGAGCUGGAGGCUGAGAAGGGGCUAUUAAACAGCGGGGAGGGUGCAAAGUACCAGGAUGAAGAACAAAGGAAUCACGCCAUCGAGGAAAUGACUUUACCAGAACAGGAUAAGCCAGAUAUCACCCAAAUCCGCGCUGCAGAACCAGAGGAAGAACGUGAUCACAUGACAGAGCUUUCAGCAGCACCCACAGCCAAGCAACCUUGCCAGUGUUGCUGCCAGACGUAUUCUGAGAUUCUGAGUUUUCUGGAGAAACGCUCAGAGGCAGAGCAACGGUUGCGUGAAGAGGAGCUUUCUUUGCGUCGGGAGGAGUUGGAGAUUCAAAGGAGUAAGAUCACCCUGGAGAGGGAACGUUUGGACGCUGACAGAAAAGAGAGGGAACGCAGAUUUGAGCUUGAAAACCAAGAGAGGCAGGUCAUCUUGGACCUGUUAAAAGAGAAGGUCUUGAAA